UUAUGAUAUUUAUAUAACUUCCUAUUAACCGAAGUUUCCAAAAAAUUUCCCUUUAGAAUUUGGAGAACCUCCAAAAGCAGUUGGACAUUGGUCAAUAAAGUUUUUCUUCUGUCAAAAUAGGUUACGUCCUAUUUGAUGAAGAAGAGAGGUUUCUAAAAAAAGUUGUUCAGUGACGGGAAGGGAAGGUAAAAUUUGAAAAUAAAAAAAUGGGUGCUAGUCAAAGUGCGCAUAAGCUAACAGUGACCAACGAGGAUGAGGGUGAAGGUGUAAUCCAGGUUUCCAAUGCGAUCGUACAGAGAUUAAAGCAGGGUCUUCAAGAAACAUCGAGUGUUCCUGAGGAUGUAAGAGUUCCGAGUCAAAGUCAGAGGGUGAAACCGGUAUCUCCCGAAGGAGGUGUAGCACCUCUUCCUCCGGGUGGUGGGCCGCCUAGUGGGUAUCCAUCAUAUUAUUAUCCAGAAUAUACUAUAUCUGCUAUUCAAAUGCAGAAGCAAAAGGAGGCCGAGCUCGACGAGCAGGAUGAGUAUUGGAAGAAACGUGUUCUUAAUUUGGAGAAGAAACACGAGCAGAUUAAUAACAUUCUGGAGUGCGAAUACAAGAAGGCCGUUGCCGAGUUCACCGAUGAUCCAACUCACGCUCCGGAGUCUAAAUCAGUCUUAAGUCCGCCUAUUUAUAAGAGUGGAUGCGGUAAUGUUCUGACACCUUGCAUCGAGAAUAGCAAGAAGAUAGCCAAAUGCUAUGAAGAUCAUCCCAAACAGGCUUUGCAAUGUGCUCCUCUGGUUGAAGAAUUUUCAACCUGUGUGGAUCAGUGCCGUAUGCGGAUUCUCGCUGGUCGGUGCUAAUAGAUCAUGAUUUUGAAUUUAGUUCUUCUUAUGCCAUUAUAUAUUCCUUCACUGAAAAUCGCUUCGAAAUUGAUAAAAUCUCAAUUUUCUCUGAUGAAAAUUGAACUGAAAUAAUAUAAUUAUUUCGUCCAAACUUUCAGUGAACGAAUAUUAAAUUCACUGAAUACGACGUUCGGGAAUUUGUAAUAAAGUUUUAAAUUGUUACAAAUCUACUGCUUAUACAUAUUUAUCUCCCGACUGAUGAGUCUUGUAAAUGAUAGAAAUAAAGCAGAUAUAUCG